GUUCAUGGAAUGCUCUCUUUCAUGUGAGCUUGUGCCUUGGCUCCCAGCAUACAACUGAGAAUAUUUAUAUUUAAUCAUUCCUCUCUUUUAUGUAGAUGCAUGUUUCUAUUUUUGUAAAACUCCCCUAAAUUAAAUAAGUGUUCAGUGUUUACUGCCAUCUAAUCAGCUACUCAAAGGGAGCACUGUUGAUACCCCCAUGGGAAACUGGGUGCACGUUGUAGUCAGCCUAGUAAGAGACGGACCUUGCCCUAAAGAACUUCAUGCUGCUUCUGUACAGUCCAGAUUCUUCUUUGCAAUUAAUAUGAGAUGCUGGUAGAAGCCGAUGGAACAAGGAGCCAGAACCAGCAUCAUGAGACCAGCCAGUUUGCCAUAGAUCACUAGCAAGUGCUCUGCAGUCCAUGGGUUUGGGAACUGCUGAGCUAAUCUAUGCAUCUAGGUUUUUGUACCAUGCCCAUCAUUAUGGUAUCUGAGCUUGACAGCAAAUGCAGUGGAUCAGGUUGCAUGGUUGGGCCCUGGAAAUGGGAUGUCAAUCCCAUUCAGGGAGCAUAAAGGAAGACAGAGAAUCUCCUAGUUGCCGCUGCAACAGUAAGUGAGACCCAGAGGUAGGAAAAUGUCAACGGUCACAUCAGCGAUACAGGCUCCCCAGGGCCCUGUCAAUCCACCCCCCCCAGAAGUUACCAACCCCAACAAGCCCGGGCGGAAGACCAACCAGUUGCAGUACAUGCAAAAUGUUGUGGUGAAGACCUUGUGGAAGCAUCAGUUUGCUUGGCCCUUCUAUCAACCCGUCGAUGCAAUUAAAUUGAAUUUACCAGAUUAUCACAAAAUAAUCAAAAACCCGAUGGACAUGGGGACAAUUAAGAAGCGACUGGAACAUAACUAUUACUGGAGUGCCAGUGAAUGCAUGCAGGAUUUCAACACAAUGUUUACAAAUUGUUACAUUUACAACAAGCCCACGGAUGACAUCGUCCUCAUGGCGCAAGCCCUGGAGAAGAUUUUUCUGCAGAAAGUAGCCCAGAUGCCCCAGGAGGAAGUUGAGUUAUUACCACCAGUCCCUAAAGGCAAAGGUCGCAAGCCAGCAGCGAGCGCACAGAGUGCAGGAGCGCAGCAAGCAGCGGCCGUGUCAUCUGUCUCCCCGCCAGCCCCUUUCCAGAACGUCCCUCCAGCUGUCUCUCAGACACCCGUUAUCGCCGCCACGCCUGUGCCAACCAUCACCGCAAACGUCCCGCCUGUAACUGCUCCUCCUGCUGCCGCUGCCCCUCCUCCUGCUGCUCCGAUUAUGACAGUGGUUCCUCCCACGCCACCUGUAGUCAAGAAAAAGGGAGUGAAGCGAAAAGCGGACACGACCACGCCCACCACCUCAGCCAUCACUGCCAGCCGGAGCGAGUCGCCCACCCCGCUGUCAGACCCCAAGCAGGCGAAAGUCGUCGCUCGCCGAGAGAGCGGCGGCCGGCCAAUCAAGCCACCAAAGAAAGACCUCGAAGACGGGGAGGUCCCCCAGCAUGCGGGGAAAAAGGGCAAACUCUCCGAGCACCUCAAAUACUGUGACAGCAUCCUGAAGGAGAUGCUCUCUAAGAAACACGCAGCCUACGCAUGGCCCUUUUACAAGCCUGUCGAUGCAGAGGCCUUGGAAUUACAUGACUAUCAUGAUAUUAUCAAACACCCCAUGGAUCUCAGUACUGUGAAAAAAAAAAUGGACAGCCGGGAAUACCAGGACGCACAAGGUUUUGCGGCGGAUAUUCGGUUAAUGUUCUCUAAUUGUUACAAGUACAAUCCCCCAGACCACGAAGUUGUAGCCAUGGCCAGGAAACUCCAGGACGUCUUCGAGAUGAGAUUUGCAAAGAUGCCGGACGAGCCUGUGGAGCCCCCACCCCCACCUCCUGCGACGGCGCCAGUCGUCAGUAAAAGCACGGAAAGCAGCCACAGCAGCGAGGAGAGCUCGUCUGACUCCGACAGCUCCGACUCUGAAGAAGAGCGAGCGACCAGGCUGGCUGAGCUCCAGGAGCAGCUGAAGGCCGUCCAUGAGCAGCUAGCUGCUUUGUCGCAAGCGCCCGUGAACAAACCAAAGAAAAAAAAAGAGAAGAAGGAAAAAGAGAAGAAAAAGAAAGACAAGGAGAAAGAGAAAGAAAAAGAGAAGCACAAAGUGAAAGCCGAGGAGGAGAAGAAACCCAAGGUUGCCCAACCAGCAAAACAGACCCAGCAGAAGAAAGCACCAGCUAAAAAAGCAAACAGCACGACCCCAGCUAACAGGCAGCCUAAAAAAGGAGGCAAGCAGGCGUCUGCACCCUACGAUUCUGAGGAGGAGGAGGAGGGCUUGCCCAUGACCUAUGACGAGAAGAGGCAGCUCAGCUUGGACAUCAACCGCCUGCCAGGGGAAAAGCUGGGCCGGGUGGUGCACAUCAUCCAAUCCCGGGAACCUUCCCUCAGGGACUCCAACCCCGACGAGAUAGAAAUAGAUUUUGAAACCUUGAAGCCCACCACUUUACGAGAACUGGAGAGAUACGUCAAGUCUUGUUUACAGAAAAAACAAAGGAAACCGUUUUUCUCAGAAAUUGUGCGUUCCUCCUCCACAGCUGCAAGUGGGAAAAAGCAAGCAGCAAAAUCUAAAGAAGAGUUAGCUCAGGAAAAGAAGAAAGAGUUAGAAAAACGGUUACAGGAUGUCAGCGGGCAGCUAAACAACAACAAGAAACCUGCAAAAAAAGAAAAGUCUGGCUCGGCUCCAUCCGGAGGCCCUUCCCGUCUCAGCAGCAGCAGCUCCUCAGAAUCUGGAAGCAGCAGUUCAAGCGGAUCCAGUUCGGACAGCAGCGAUUCAGAAUAAACUAGACACUUAACAAAAAAAAAUGGACAACAUACACACCAAUACUCUGCAGUGUUCCCUUCUAUGGUUAAUAUACUACUUUUGUUCCACGGUGGUCAGGUUUUUUUCUCUCUCUCAUUUUUUAUUUUUUUUUUUAAUUCAGUGUUAUAAAAGAUAUCUUCCAAUUUUUUCUUUGCUUUUAAUAGGUCAAAGAUCUUUUUUGUGUGUGCGUGUGACUAGACUUUAUGAUAAGUAGUUCACUUUGCGUAAAGUCUCUAAAUUUUUUUAACUGAAGAUGGUUGCUUGGAUGUGACAAGAACUUUGAACUCUUAACAAGAGAUCCAUAGAAAAAACUGCAAGGUGUAGUAUACAGGUGUUUUUUUGUUUGUUCCCCCCCCCCCUUUUAAUACACCCAACCUGGCUCACUACGACGCAAGGAAAAAAUUUUAAAAAAAGAAAUCUCUGUAAAAUGGUACUGUAUCUGAAAGAUGUUAGCUUUUGAACUAGUUGGUGUAUUUGUUAUUAGCACUAGUAUUCUUAAUCUCCAAGUCUACAGUGUGAUGAAAAUGUCAGAUGCUAUCAUCUUUUUACAUAAAAAAACAAAAACUCAUGUACUGUGGAUUGUUAAAAUGUAUCCUUUUGGGGGAGGGGGAUAGAGAAGUAGGCUCCUAUUCAGGAAGGUACUUAAGCAUGUGCUUAACUUUAAGCAUGUGAGCAAUAGAGCUGGUCAGAAUUCCCCGCCCCCCUCGAAAAUUUUGACUUUUUGUUGAAAAAAUAAAACAUGUUCAGUCUUUCAACAAAAAUCAACAUUUUUUUGAGGAGAACAGACACUCUGUGUCACUGAAAACCUCCAAUUUCCCAUCAAAAAAUUUUCAACCACCCUAAUGAGCCAGACCCCCUGACAUCAAGGAGACGACCCACAUGCUCAAAAUGAGAUAUGUGCUCCAAGUACCUUCCCAAAUCAGAGGCUAUAGACAGGUUGGAGAUAAAGUGGACACUGCAGCCUCAGCCCAGGCCAUGUCACCAAUGGAAUGGGGGAGGGAGAUUGAAUGUUUUUUAUCCUAUCUUUGUAUCAGCAAGGAGCUCCUAGGAGGGAACGCUACUUCUGUGUCUCGCAGGGUGCAGGUUUCCAAACACUGAAACUUUUACCUCAAGGGGAAAAAAAAAGGGGGGGAAGGGGUCAGAAAACCAGAAAAAAAGACAUUUUUUUCGUAAGGCUCAGCAAUUUUCUAUGAGAGUCCAGCCUAAUGUUUAAACCUGCACUGCUGCAACACAUACUCCAUUGUCACUGUCCCUAAUUUCAUGUAUAUAUAAAUACUUUAUUUAUUAACACCAUUGGUCAUUUGAAACAUUAAGAAAACUGCAUUAUGAAGAACAGCAGAAAUGCAGAGGUUUUUUUAAAUGGUUUGAACCAGUCUAAAAAAAAAAAAAUCUGAGACCUUAUUUAAAUGUAUUGGACUUUUUACCUACAGGUGCUACAGUCCAUUAUUUCCUGUGUCGGUGCUCUAUCAUGUUUUGUGUACUCAAUUUUUUUUUUGUUCCUUCUUUUCUCUUGCUUUUUUUGUACAGAAUUUGGAGACUUACAGGUAUAGAUGACUUCCAGAUGCAGCACAUUUUUAUUUUAUCUUAUUUGUAAUUUUUCCACAAGAUCUUUCUCUGUUUUUUUUUUAAUCCAAUUUUAGGAAAACCCCAGUUCUAUAAUAUAAACUUUGUAACCCAAGGGGCGGAAAUGUAUAGAAAAUUGAAUUCUUGAUUUUUUUUAAAAAAAAAACUUUUUAUUGUAAAGAAAAAAAAUAUACAGAGUUUAACAGCAGUUAUGCUUUUCCCUAUCCGACCCCUAGUUCCCUGAGGCUACCUCGUUGCCUCUUUCAUGGGAAGCUUUGACAUUUGCCCUGCAGAGGCCCAUAUUAGCAGACUGCCAAGAGCCUUUGGGCUGCACCUUAUCCUCAUAAAGUGGUGCAGGUUGCAGCUGUCCUCAUUUUAUAAUACAGGGGUGUGGCCUAUGAGGACGGCAAAUCCCAGCAUGCAAUGUUCCCAGCAAGUUUAGCUUCCAAAGAGCUGGAGAGAAAACGUUGGAUGCUGGGACAUGUGGUCCAGGUGGGCAGCACCUCCUUUUUGAAAGUGAGGGAAUCCGUGGGGCCUGUUCCUAGAACACCAUGGCUUGCACUUUGGGGCGUCUUUGCUCUAAAAUGUUCACUUUGGUGCAAAAGUUACUGUAUCCAGGCUCAAUUGUCACUCAGUUCCCAUGUAACCACAUUUGAUUGGACAGACUUUUAGAGAUGAAAUAGCUGCCUUACCCUUGCAUCUGUCUACAAACUACAUCAUCGUCACCUCAGUCAGCAUUUCAGGAAAGAUGGCGAGUUAUUCAUACAUAACUCUAAUGCAACUGAAGUGGCUCUGUGUAUGCGUCUUAAUGACAAAAUCAGCAGCAGCUGUGCACAGAAUCUGCCAAAGCCCCAAGAAGCAUUAUCCUGUUGUGCUAUAGGAAUGGAGCCUGAUUCUGUAAGACACUGAAUGCCUCCUAUAGGUUGCUGAAGAGCCUCUAGUCACUUUGAAAUCAAUGGGAUAUUCAGCCUUUCUGCAGGAGGUGCUCAGGGCCUUGCAGGAUUGGGCCCUACAGCAUUUGCAAGGAAUGGAUCAAUGAGGGUAUCCAGCAUCUUACUGAAAUUAACAAUUUACCUUUUCCAUUAAACUGAGGUUCAUUUUAGUUCCUAUAUUUUUUUAAAAACUGCCCUUCGUUGUUUAAAUUUAAAAAAACAACAAAACUUCUCCCCUAAACAGAUCCUUAGUAAUAUAUUUUUAAACGUUACUGUGAGGAAAUGUAAUAUACAUCUAAUUAGAGCUUAUGGUGGGUUUUUGUUGUUUUUGGUGGGUUUUUUUCUUUUUGAAGGGUGGAUUUGCUUUUUGUUUUUGUUUUAACCUUUAAUGCGUGUUAAAAGAAACUGAGGACUAUUUGGUUUUAAAUAGAUCUGAGCAAUUCAAUGCCAAUCUGGAAAAAAAAUGCUGUGAAAUAAGCUAUUUCCUUCAUACUGAAAUCCUCCCCCAUGCGCAUCUGGGUUACAUCUAUUAAAUGAAUAUGAAAUUCACUCAGUGACAUAGUCAUUGGUGGCAAUUUACACAAGCUGAUGAGCUGCCCCAGAGUGUUUACAUCAAGUAAAUAAAAAUAAGUUUGAUACUUGUAAGAAAAUGGAGGUGGGGGGAGCCCACAGCAGAAAGGAGAAGAAUAUGUAUGUCCCUAAUCAACCCGUGUCAGUAUAUCAUUUAAAAGCUUUAUAAAAUGAUCGUAGGUUAAGCCUAUUUCUUGUCACACCAUAAGGCCCAGACUCCUAUGGAAGCUGAGGAACAUCGGCCUCCCAAGGAUCAGGCCCUAGUUCACCUAGAAAACGAAUGUGUUGAUUAAAAAUUUUUCACUGAAUAGAUACAGUUGAGGCAAAACACAUUCAGUGUUUUUAUUGCUGUGAUUUUAAAUUUCCUAUCAACAGGGUUUGAAAUUGUAGAACUGAUAUCCAUUCAGAAUGUAAAAAUGUGUAUAACCAGUUACUACUUUUUUACACACACACACACACACGCAUUAAAGUGUUCUCUGGUUGGUGGAAUCAGACUACAGUUACCUAAUUUAAUUUUCUCUCUACUUUUGGGACUCUUAGACCAGUUUUUAAUUUGUUUCCUUUUUUUAAACGAUGUUUUUUAAGUCUAGGGGUGGAGCUAGGGGUGGGAGUUGGGGCAUGACAAAAAAAACUUUUUAGUAAUGGAUUUUAAAAAUACAUGUUCUAAAACGCAAGCAAUUAGCAUUAUGGUGCAACUGUGGGCAGGCUGUGAGUUAUAGGAGAUUAAUACAGGGCAGGAGGAGGUCAUUACAGUAGCAGCAUUCUCGUCCUUGUAAAAUGGUUAGAUGCAUUUUUUAAAAAUGGCAUUUGCAUAUCUUUUAAAAAAAAACAUUUUUUAAAAGUAAAUUAAACAACCCACCAGCUAGGAUUUGACACAGGCCUUUUAGAGCUUACGCCCCGAUAACUGGCAUAACAAUUCCAAAACAAUUUGUUGUUGUACGUUUUGUUCCGUUUUUCCUUUUUUUUUUAAUAUUUAAAACAAAUGUUACUUUUCUGUAUGAUGUGCAUGCAAAUUUACCGUAACUCUUUUUCUUAAGACUUUUUAGUGCCAUUUCUAGUAUAUUCCUGUAAAAGUCAGUUACUGAAGAAUGAGUCAAUGUAACUAGUUUUAGCUUGUUUAUUGCAAAUGCUGGCCUCGACACAACAGAAUUUAAAAAGUUAGAAAGUAA